AUGCAGCGCCAUGACUCCAAGACAAUGCUCAAAAAGAUGGAACUCGACUACGACAGUCGCAUGGAGGAGCAAGUGGACGACCUCCGCGAGAAGAUGCGCCUCUUGCAGGUCGACCGCAAGAACAACGUCGAGGCGCUCGAAGCCAACAAAAGCUCCAACAAAGAUCUGAUCCGGCAGCUCAAGCAAGAAAACAAGGAGCUCCGCAAGCAAAUUGCCGACAUGAAGCGUUCGGAGCACGCCGCCGGCAACGUUAUGGGUGGUAACGACCUCGACGACGAGACGGCCCAGAUUGCACACCACUUGACCAAGUGCCGCAAGCAGUACGACGACGUGCGGCACAAGGUCGCGGCCCAAGUUGACACCCUCGAGCAGCUCAAGGACAAUGUCAAGGACCUCGAACUCGAGAGCAAGAAGCCGAGCAUGGAAGACACGCCCGAGACACGCAAGAUCCGUAUGCUCGAGAACCGCCUCGACAAAGCAAUGAUCAAGUACAACGAAGCGCAGAGCAUUCGCAAGACGUACGAGCAGAUCGUCAAGCGCCUCAAACGAAGAGCGCAUUGGCUUUGA